GGAAAAGUCACGGGCACCAUGACGCACACUCCAAUGAGACUCACCAUGAAGAGGUGGCGCCCAUGGAGCUCUACCCCAGUUUCAGCUCAAUGUGCCAUCGCUGUCGUGUCUCAGUGUGCGGGAGUCUUUUGUUCUGUAAAGAAUCUGUAAAUAUGGAUGAUGACGUGCACAGAGGAAAACCCAUCCCUGCGAGCAAAGUGCAUGAAGGGGGGGGGGGUGUUCCCCCACCAUGGCCCCAGUCCUCUGCCCCGUCAUUGGUCGCCACAAAACCUCCAUCCGUUUAAAACCAGACACCACUUUCUUCCUUCCCUUCACACAGCACAACCCCUAAAAAAAACAGACAGACCGCGAUCCAUGUUUCAGGAUGUCCACGUCAUGAUCUUCAUCGGCUUCGGGUUCCUGAUGACCUUCCUGAAGAGAUACGGGUUCAGCAGCGUGGGCUUCAACUUAGUCCUGGCUGCCUUCGGCCUGCAGUGGGGCCUCCUCACGCAGGGCAUCUGGCACCUGGAUGACGGCAAGAUCAAAAUAAACAUCUUCAAAAUAAUCAACGCAGACUUCAGCACAGCUACAGUCCUGAUCUCCUUCGGAGCCGUUCUGGGUAAAACCAGCCCUGUGCAGCUCCUCAUCAUGACCGUACUGGAGAUCACCAUCUUCUCCAUCAAUGAACACCUGGUGGCCAAUGUCCUCGGAGCUAACGAUGUUGGAGCAUCCAUGAUCAUCCACGCUUAUGGAGCCUACUUUGGCCUGGCAGUGGCUCGAGUACUUUACCGACCAAGUUUAAGAAACGGACAUGAAAAUGACGGAUCUGUUUAUCACUCUGAUAUGUUUGCUAUGAUUGGAACCGUCUUCCUGUGGAUGUUCUGGCCCAGUUUUAACUCGGCCAUCGCUGAUCCGGGCUUCAGUCAGCUCACAGCCGUGAUCAACACCUACCUCUCGCUGGCUGCCUGUGUGCUCACUGCCUACGCCGUCUCCAGCCUCGUGGAGCACAAAGGAAAACUGGACAUGGUGCACAUUCAGAACGCCACGUUGGCUGGGGGCGUUGCUGUGGGAACAUGUGCGGACAUGAACAUCGGGCCAUUUGGAGCCAUGCUGAUUGGAUUUGUGGCUGGCAUCAUCUCUACCCUGGGCUUCAAGUUCCUAACUCCCAUCCUGGCAUCCAAGCUGGGCAUCCAGGAUACCUGCGGUGUCCACAACCUGCACGGCAUGCCCGGCAUCCUGGGCGGGUUGGCUGGUAUUGUGGCUGUGGCUUUGGGGAAAAAAAAAGGAGGUGACGCUGCCAUGCAAGCUGCCGCCUUGGCUUCGUCCCUCGGGUUCGCUUUGGUUGGAGGUGCUGUUACAGGUUUAAUAAUGAAGUUGCCGUUCUGGGGCCAGCCUCCGGACCAGAACUGCUUCGAUGACUCUAUUUACUGGGAGGUUCCUGAGGAGGAUGAGGAAAACGAGGAGAGCUUGGCUCACGCCGAUCACUCAAAGAACAAAGCAGAGGUUUAAAUAUCUGCUCACCGUCCACUGAGCUGAAGAAGGAAAGACAUCUUUAAACAGCUUCACCGUCUAAAGAUGUCAAUUUCUCAAUUAUAUUGGAUUUUUGGUUUGGUUGGAUUUUUUUUUUUACACUGAAAGUUGUGAUGAAAACACAGCAUAGAUUCACUGUUGAUACACUUCCAUAGGUUUUUUCUUUAUUUUCUUUUUAUAUUAUAAAAAGCAUUAAAGCAUGUUUUUAAGAUAUUAGUAUAGUGUGUAUUUCUUUUUCAUACAUUUUUCCUUACACGUGGCAUAUGUAUUUCUGCUAAGGCUUACACUUGCUUUGAUCUGCUGCUUCACAUCACCUCACUGGAGCCCAGUCCUUCUGCAAGGAGUCAGAGUCAGACUGUGUGAAGCCAGCAGCGAGGCUCUGACAUGGGCAGGGAUAGUAGUAUGAUAUGUUGCAUCUAAUAAACCUUCGCAUUGCUUAUCUCCCACUGCUUACCAUUGUCUAUCUAUCUGAUGGCAGCUGUACAAUUGUCUUUAAUGCAAUGAGGAUGAAUGCAUUGAGCAUUAGAUUGGUUGUCUCUAGGCAAGCUGAAGUCCAUUUUUUCGUUUGCUUUCUAUUUACAUGCAAUGUAUUCACACAUGUACAUACAGUUUAGCUUUUAGAUGGAUUGACAAGGUCAGUUUUAUCAAAGUCCUGCAAUUCUAUAAAAGAGCAACUGGUACUGGAUAAUUCAACAGGAACUUACAAACUGAUUCAUAAAUGGCUUUUAAAUGAGGUGGAAAUGUGAUGAUAAAUUAAAAAAAUUACCAUUCAAUCUCUUUAGGUGAGUUACUGUUGGGUUUUUUUUUCAUUCUGAGUUUUGAAACAUCACACCUGCAACAAUCCUCUUAGAGAGCAGCCAUUUCUUACUUCUUAAUAUCUUUUUAAGCUGCAUGGUGUCUGAGUACUGAAUGAUAGGUUUCUUUUAAAUAUAGGACUGCAGGACUAAAUGGAACUGACUACACAUACACGAGUGUUAAUCAAUAUUUUUGGUUUGUCAAAUGAUGUAUGAUGCCCAGAACACUGAAACACAUCAAGAUUUUGUAUUUUUAUACAGUGGGCCUGUGCUCGUAUUUGUAUAAUAUACUAAUACUGUCAUAAUAAAUAUGUUUUUGUACAAUA